AUGUUCCGCUAUUUCGCUGUCAUCAAUCAGAAGAGCGUUUUUUCGAUCUUGAAAAAUGUCUCGGGAGGUUUUGCAUCGGCUCCGAAGGGCCAAGUUAUUGGUAUUGACCUUGGAACCACCAACUCGUGUGUUGCCGUAAUGGAAGGCAAAACACCAAAAAUCCUGGAGAACGCUGAGGGUGCCCGUACCACUCCCUCUGUUGUGGCGUUUACAACUGAGGGUGAGAGAUUGGUUGGAGCCCCCGCGAAACGUCAGGCUGUCACCAACUCCAAAAACACAUUGUACGCCACCAAACGCCUGAUUGGUCGUCGUUACGAUGAUCCGGAGGUUCAAAAGGAAAAGAAAAACGCUUCUUUCUCUAUCAUCAAGGCGUCUAACGGUGAUGCUUGGGUCGAGGCUCAGGGGAAAGCUUAUUCGCCAAGCCAAGUCGGUGCAUUCGUGUUGAUGAAGAUGAAGGAGACUGCUGAAAACUAUCUGGGUUCGAAGGUCAGCAACGCGGUUAUCACCGUUCCUGCCUAUUUCAAUGAUUCCCAGCGGCAGGCUACCAAAGAUGCUGGUCAGAUAGCCGGCCUGAAUGUUCUUCGUGUCAUCAAUGAACCUACUGCCGCGGCUCUCGCUUACGGUCUGGAUCGUGUUGAGGAUAAGACAAUUGCCGUGUACGAUUUGGGUGGCGGUACAUUCGAUAUUUCCCUCUUGGAAAUCCAGAAAGGUGUCUUCGAAGUGAAAUCAACAAAUGGUGAUACUUUCCUUGGGGGUGAGGAUUUUGAUCAGGUCCUCCUCAACUACCUCGUUGGUGAGUUUAAGAAGGAACAAAGAAUCGAUAUCACCAAGGACCCAAUGGCUCUGCAACGUGUUAGGGAGGCAGCUGAGAAAGCCAAAGUCGAGUUGUCAUCUUCCCUUCAAACUGAUAUCAAUCUGCCCUACCUCACUAUGGAUCAGAGCGGUCCUAAGCACAUGAACCUUAAGCUCUCGCGUUCCAAACUCGAGUCUCUAGUCGAUUCUCUUAUCAAGAGGACAAUUGGCCCUUGUGAAAAAGCAAUGAAGGAUGCUGGCGUCAAGGCCUCUGAUGUUGGUGACGUAAUCCUUGUUGGAGGUAUGUCUCGUAUGCCCAAAGUGCAGGAAACCGUUAGCAAAAUCUUCGGCAGGACUCCGAGCAAGAAUGUGAAUCCUGAUGAGGCGGUCGCCUUGGGUGCCGCUAUUCAAGGUGGUGUAUUGGCUGGCGAUGUCACUGAUGUGCUGCUCCUUGACGUCACUCCUCUAUCGCUUGGUAUUGAAACGUUGGGUGGUGUCUUCACCAAGCUCAUCAACCGCAACACGACUAUUCCAACAAAGAAAUCGCAGGUCUUCUCAACCGCCGCCGAUGGUCAGACCCAGGUGGAAAUCAAGGUCUUCCAGGGUGAGCGUGAAAUGGCUCCUGAUAACAAGUUGUUGGGACGUUUCUCCCUCGUUGGUAUUCCACCGGCACCUCGUGGCAUACCGCAGAUCGAAGUUACCUUCGAUAUCGACGCAAACGGAAUUGUUAACGUGUCGGCGAGAGACAAGGGUACCGGCAAGGAACAGCAGAUUGUGAUCCAAUCUAGUGGCGGUUUAAGCAAGGAUGAGAUUGAGAACAUGGUCCGCAACGCGGAGCAGUAUGCCGCCGCGGACAAGGAGCGUCGUGAUUUGGUCGAAGCUAUUAACCACGCUGAGGGUAUCGCUCAUGACACUGAGAGCAAGAUGGAGGAGUAUAAGGCGCACUUGCCUCAAGAAGAGCGUGACAAACUGGCCAAGUUGAUUGCUGAUCUCCGUGAAACCCUCAAUAAUAAGGAGAACCUGACAGUUGAUGCACUAAAGAAGGCCACGGACGAAUUGCAACAGUCAUCUUUAAAACUCUUCGAGAUAGCUUACAAAAAAAUGGCCGACAGUCGCUCCUCAAGUAGUAGCGACAAUAAGGAGAAAGAUCAGCAGGCUCGGGGGUCGGGCGCGUGGUUGCGAGUUUGGGACGUGGUGUUGAGGUGUCGAGCUGCACGUGGCGGCUUGGUGGUGCGUCAUCGUGUUGGCUCAGACGGGCUGGGUUCGGCGGCCCUCAGGUCGCGUGGUCAGAUUGAGUUCACGCGCAGUGCUGGCCUGUUCGUGUGGGGAUUUACUGACUUGGACCCAUUCACUGGCAAUUCAAUCGUAUAG